CAUCUUUACUUUCAGCGGUCUAUAGUGGGUUUCCCAGGCAUCCCAGGAUCCAAUGGUAUGCCGGGAAUGCCAGGCAUUUCCGAACCUCGAGGACCCCAGGGAAGGGACGGUACUAAGGGACAAAUUGGUGAUAAAGGAUCACAAGGAAUGCGGGGUCCAAGAGGAGACAGAGGGCGAGAGGGGCCUCCUGGGAAGAGUGGACCACAAGGAAUCAAGGGAAUGAAAGGUCAACAGGGACUUGUGGGAAUGAAAGGAGAGCGAGGCAUUGUGGGAAGUCAAGGGAAAAAAGGAGACAAAGGAGAUAAAGGAGAAAGCGCCGAAGCAAGUCAAGCAAGUGUAGUACCACAAACCAACUGGAAACAAUGUGUGUGGAAAUCACAGAGCGGUACUGAUAACGGAAAGAUUAAGGUAAUUAGCAUAAGAAUCAUAACACACUCCAAAGGAAAGUAAUUCCUUUCUAAAUUAAAAUAUUUCUUCCCUCUCAGUCAGUCGGUUUGCCAGAACUUUUAAACGGAUAACCAAGUUACAUUUCCCUAUAAUUUGAUUCUUUUUGAACGAAAAAAGGAAAACCAUCGUGCGUGAUAAAAUGAUUCCUGGCCAUAUGGAUAGGGACAACAAAAAUUCAAGCUAUUACAGAGUUUUUAAACAUUAGGAAGUAUUCUUGACUGGAGUUGUUAAUAUCAAUCAUUACACACGGUUGCUCGUCUUACUACAAGAUGAUUGAUUUGUUUGAUUUUAUUCCAGGACUGUGCGUUUAACAAACUGCAGUCUAAUUCAGCACUCAGAGUCUCAUUCCAGGGCAACAUGAGGGUCUUUGGAAGUAGUUCUAAGUGUAACCGGUGGUAUUUCAAGUUCAAUGGAAAUGAAUGCAGUGGACCAAUGACGAUUGAGGCUGCUGUUUACAACUGGUGGCCAUCUGGGAGCCCUGAACUGCUGCAUCAUCGGUCAUUUGAGGGGUACUGUGAAAACAUUCCACAAGGCGCUGUUAGAGUGGAAUUAUGGGCAGGAAAGUGUAGUAGUGGCCACACCUUGGGUGAUGCUGAGACUGGCUGGAGCUCAGUGUCCCGGAUAAUGAUUGAAGAAGUUUCUAGGCCCCAGUCCUAA